CCCAGUGCGGUAUGAAGCUGACCGAUGAAUUCUAACGGGAGGGAGAAAAGAGGAGAGGAAAAUGAAAGAGUGAGGGAGAUAGAGAGAAAUAGGGGAAGAGAGGGAGGUAGAGGAGAGCUGUCGGACCAUCCUACCAGCCGCUGCUCUAGAGGAGGUGUUUCAACAUGACAGCCCUGCGUCAGAGGAAGGGCAGCAAGGGGAAGGAGCCCCCCCUUGGUGCAGAGUUUCAGUCCCAACAUCCCAACUGUUGCACCGACCAUCAUCAAGAGAAGAUCUUGCACGGUGACUGGUCAUGGGGGGCAAUAAUCUGGACAUCAGUUGGUUGGUCUGUGUCUGUUGGUCUGGGCCUGCUGUGCUGUAUCUACAUGGCCACACUGCAUGAGAACGACCUGUGGUUCUCCAACAUAAAGGAAGUGGAGCGGGAGAUCUCAUUUCGGACAGAGUGUGGACUGUACUACUCCUACUACAAGCAAAUGUUGCAGGCCCCAACAAUACACGAAGGGCUCUCAGAAUUGAUCCAUGACAACUUGACAGAAUCUAAGAGGACCAUUAAUCUCCUACAGCGAAUGAAUAUCUACCAAGAGGUCUUUCUCAGUGUUCUCUACAGACUGUUGCCCAUACAGUCGUAUCUGGAGCCAGUGUAUUUCUAUAUUUACACAGUGUUCUCGCUCCAAGCGGUGUAUGUGAUUGCUCUGUACCUCAUAGCAUGGCUCCUGUCUGGUUCCUGGCUGGCUGGUACGCUCACUGGGGUCUGGUACAUCCUCAACAGGGUAGAUACCACUCGCGUGGAGUUCACCAUCUCCCUCAGAGAGAACUGGUCUUUACCCUUCCUAGCGCUGCAGGUUGCCGCUAUCACCUGUUACCUCAGGCCUCAGCUCACCUCCUUACAGCAGAAGGUGAUGGUGUGGUUGAUGUACGUGACAACGUUCUGUUUCUGUCUAACGUGGCAGUUCAACCAGUUCAUCCUGCUUGUUCAGGCUCUCAUCAUAUACACUCUGGACUGUGUCGACUUUUUAACAACUACACAGGUGACCACUAUGUACCUGGUUCAAGUGAGCAGUCUGCUGAGUGUGUGGCUCCUCCAGUUCUGUAACUCCAUGAUACUGGGAUCACUGGUCCUAAGCUUCAUCGUAGCUGCGCUCUUCAUCAGACACUGCCAGUCUAGUCUGAAGACAGGAGGCCUGCUGGUUCGUCUGGGCAAACUGCUUCUCCACAGUGCUAUGGUUCUCCUCCUCACCGUCACCAUCAACUACCUGGCCAAGAAAGCACUUCAGCUCAGAUCAGAUGAACACAUCUUUAAAUUCAUCAAGUCAAAGUUUGCCUUGGGGCCAACAAGGGAUUUUGAUGCCAGUCUGUAUCUGUGUGAGGAGGCCUUUGGCCUGCUGCCCCUCGACACACUGGAGCGCCUGGCUGGUACCCUGCUGCUAUACCCAUACAUCCUCUCGCUGCUGCUGCUCAGUGGCAUGUUGGCAGUGGCUGCACUGCAGAACCUGAGCAGACCUAAAGGAGGUUCAGCUGAGGAGAGGAAAGGAGCCGGAGAGGGGCGAGUGGUGGCUCUCCGUCCAGAUGUGGCCUAUAAUCUGUUGCAUACACUGUUCUAUGGCCUCCUGGCUUUCAGCACUAUGAGGAUGAAAUAUAUAUGGACUGGCCAUAUGUGUGCAGUCGCGGCCUAUGGUGUGUGUGGGAAGGAACUGUGGACUCUGCUUCUCAACACUCUCAGCUGCAACACUAAAGUUCUGUUAAGGCUCGUCAGAUAUGCAGUUCCACUGUUGAUGAUCACUUGCCUGUAUUACAAGUUCUGGCCUAAGCUGAUGGAGGAGUUAUCAGAACUGAGGGAGUUUUAUGAUCCAGACACUGUGGAGCUCAUGACCUGGAUUAGCACAAAGACCCCUAAGCGGGCUGUAUUUGCAGGCAGCAUGCAGCUGCUGGCUGGCAUCAAGCUGUGCACAGGCAGAGUUCUCACCAACCAUCCCCAUUAUGAAGAUAAAGAGCUGCGGGAGAGGACCAAACAGAUCAUGGACGGACCGGGAGAGAAUGACCCAGACCUUGUCCCGGCCUCCCACCCUCGAUUCUGCGAGGCCAUCAAGACAGACACGGCGGCUUACACCGCACUAUUCACCAGAACAUUCCAGAACAAAACCUUCCAUGUGUACCGGCUCAAGAAGAAACGCAAGAAAAGCACCAAGAGCUCGUCAGAGCCCAUUGCGACUCAGUAGCAGGUUCAGGGUUGUGAGAAAACCCCCGUCAGAGGCCAAAGGGGAGAGAGACGGAGGAGAAGAAGAGAUAAAAAGCACUGAGUCCUCGCUGUUGCUCUGUCUCCUCUGAACUGUGCCCAGCUGUGAUCAUGCCCAUUAUUUUUUCAACACAUGGCUCUGUGAACUGUGGUGUUAGAGCAGUGUGCCAGUUCAAGCUUGGGGCUGCAUUGUUUUAGUUAGUGGAGUGUGGAAGCACCUAUAGGAGUCCUGCUUCGGGCUGUUCUGUGUCCAGCCACCCACCCUGCCAUUCUCUCAGCACUCACUGGUGCAGAUAAACAGACACAGAAAUGACUAUUAGGCCUCUAAGUAGUGUCUGGAAUACCACAAGCAACUACUAAUUAUUUAGUUUCAUUAGAAGCAGUCAGUGUCAUUUCUGCACAGCAUCAUGAAAUGAACAAAACACUAAUCACUGCUACUUCUAAAUACUAUAAUAGAAUUAUUGUUUUCCUCUCAUACAGGGUAGACCUGGGGUUCAGCAGCAUUAAUCAAAAUUAGAUUCAGCAUCAAAUCAUUUAAAAAUCAUUUAUCCAAUCUAUUAUUUUAGUUUUGCUUUGAGCACAUUUAAAAGUCACAAAUAACUUUAUAAAGUCAAAAGUUAAAACUUUGAGAUUGACAUGAAAUACGCAUUACAAUAAGUAAAAGAAAGUAUUUCCAGAUAAAUACAGUACAUUACAUAUUUGCUAGUGAGCUCUUCUUUGCUGAGAAAAUAGGGAGAGAAACUAUGAUUUACUGAGAUUAACAAAUCUGGGGAUUGUCAAAGUCUUUCUUUUACGAUUAUUCAUUCUUGGAAAGUGCAAGUUGCCACUGCAGCUCUGACUUAUAUCAGUUAUAAAGUGUAUAAAGGGUAGACAUUCGGGAUCAAAUAAACUAUCAAAAUUUGAUAAACAUGCAAACUUGAACGUGCCAUAUUUGAACAGGGUUGAUUAAAACUGCAAUGGGCUGUUUUUAAAUACCUUAAAGUAUAAAUAUAAAUCUAGUGAGGAGCUUUCAUGUAAUUUUUUAAAAGAAAUUAUGAAGGUCUAAUUGGAAAUGACCUAGAAAAGUAUUUCCUACUUUGACAAAACAGUUUCAACUCAAGGUGCAGUUAACUAGCUUGUUUCAUAGCCUUUAACUGCAUUAGUGCAUGAAUCAGAACUCAGAAAUGGAUCUGUUUGUAUGCAGUUGCAUAUAUGGUAAAAGAUGCUUUGGGUGCUUUUGUGACUACUUGAAGGGCUAGUUGAACUACUGUGGCUGGCGAGCUAACCACCAAUAUGCUAGCCAGCUGAGACAUGCUAGCGCUACACAAUAGAUCACAGAGCUUCUUUUCUAUUUUGUUUGUACUGUGCUGUGGCACUCUGUUCUCUGUAUUGUACAUAAUUUCAUUAAAUGAAGAUUUAAUUGAAGAGGGGGGUGAAAGCAUGCAAAGAAGCCUUCUAACUGCCUUGUAGCUUGGUUUGCUAACGGGACCAUUUCAUACAGUUUACUCAAAAGUCGUAUUUGUACUAGUGACUUCUGCCUCAUACUUCUCUGUGAACCAGUCCUCUUUUGUGGAGCACUAUAUACUUCGAUAGAGGAGUUAAAUCAAAGUGCACAGUGCCACACAGCUAAUAAGCUACGAUAGCGUCCUCCAUUUUGGACACUGUGGCUUUUUGUUCCCCCAAAGGUCAGCACUGUAGAGAUGGCUCACUAUUGGUCAAAGGUGCACAUAUUCAUCAUAUCUGAAGCUGAAAAAUUCAAACAGGUUAACUUCACCACAGCAAGUGAAUCCACAGAGCAUGGCGAUCCCAUUGAAAUGAAGUGAUUACUGGUGUGGCCGAGCCUUUGAAAUGUUAUCCAUAGCACUACUAAGAUUGGUUGGCCAUUGUAGGUAAAACGCAGAUGGGGAAGGCGGGUAUUAUUCAGGGAAUGAACUCCCCACUUUUUUAAAGAUUAAAGUCAUAACUUUAUUACAAAAAACUCAGAUAUUCUGUGAGAUUAUUAAAUCACAAAAAUUUAUGAAGAAAAAAUGGGGGGAAAUUGUGUUGUUUUUUUUUUUGUUACAAAACCACAUCACUUAAAUUUGCAAGGUUGGAUCAACCUCAUCAUGCUGUGGUCGUCACUGGUGGGAAUUAAAGCAAAUGCUGAGACAUUGAAUGAACAUUUAAACCAUCUAAUCCAUUUAAUCCAAUCAAGACGUCCCCUUAUGGUUCAAAAACAGUUCCAAAAUGAAAGCUGUGUCAACAUCUGCAGCGUUACCUGGCCUAUAGCUUGAUGAUUCCUGGGCAUCCUAACAAUGCCAAAAUAUCGGGGCAUGGUUUAGUGGAUAGAGCAGGCGCCCCAUGGUCAAGGCUGUUGCUGUGGCUGUUGCCGUGGCGGCCUGGGUUCAACUCCAGCCUGUGGCCCUUUGCUGCAUGUCAUUCCCUCUCUCUGUCUCUCUCUCUGUCCCCCCCCCCCCACACACUUAGCUGCCCUAUCAAUUUAAGGCAAAAAUGCCCAAAAAAAUGCCGAAAUGUGACACUAACACAGACGGGCCUAUUCAGCUGUUCUACCCAAGUUCAUGUACACAUUGUGCAUUCAGCAGCGUUAUACAUCCCAAAACCUGAAAAUAAUAAAUCAGCUUAGUCUAAAUAUAGUAACCCAGUGUUUCCCACAUAGGACACGAGCCCAGGAGACUUUAUCUCCUAGGUGACCUAUUCAUCCAUCAUGACUUUCUCCCUAUGUGGACCAUAGUGCUCCUUAUUCUACGACGCCUGACAUAAUGGCCGUUUUUGAGGUUUUUCAUUUUAAAUUUAUGACUUUAUAAUAUCAGAGAAUAUUCAUGUUUUUUUUUCAUGUAAAUUUGUAAAUUUAAUCUCGGAAAUUCUGAGUUUUUUUCUUGGAUCACUACCCCUCUCCCCUAGUUCCAUAUUCAUUUUUUUUUUUUUUUCUUUUAACCUACGGUGGCCCUAAUUUGCUGCCAUACUCUUGACCUUGGAAAUUGCUGUGAUCCUAACUCAAGGUCCAGAUCUGCUUUCUGCUGAGCUUUUAACCAUAUCACACAGUCACGUAUAAGUACUGUGGAUAAAACAGAUCAGCCUCCAUCAGAACUUAGCAAACACCAUCUACUGAUUAAGACUGUUGGUUGUGGUUGAAAGCUCCAGCUGGACUUGCAUGGUUACACUAUUUAUCUUAUGGUCACAAGUAAAAACAUUGUUAAUAAUGCUGAUUCUGUGCUUCUAUUUCUGAUAAGUUUCCUUUAAAAAGCACAUGACAUGACUUCAACUUGACUGCGGUGUUGUCCUGUUUGUACCUGAGGUAUCUUUUCACCUAGUGGAGUUUAUGAAGACAGCUGGGGGUCAUGCUCAGCUGUGGUUUAUGUGGGAGAGAGCAGCAUUGACCAUUAGCUGGACUUGGCACUCUUGGCUCAGCCGUGAUAGAUGCUAUCAAUUACCCCUGAACAGAAAGCGGAAAUAAUUUUGUUAGUUUCAAUUCCCGCCUGGGUGGAAACAGGUUCCACCGGUGCUUAAAUGUGUUUUUGCUGUAAAACUGAGGUCAAAGCUGGUACCAAGUGAUAUUUGUGACAUUGUUGUUGUUGUUGCUGUUGGCUCCGCGAUUCUCAUCAGCAGCAGCCUCAACCUUUUCACUCUCUCUUCUAUCUCCCACACACACAGCCACAAACACACAUGAAUAAUGUAAGUGGCGAGGAAAUUGCAGCAGGCUGACAACGACGCUGAUUCCCCGCCGCAAUCCAAAAUAGUUUGUGAUAGAGAGAGAGAGAGAGGGGGCCAACACUUGCAUAUCAAACUGAGGCUUUGUGGUUGGAAAAGAAAGUGGGGAGGAGCAGGGGGAGUAGGGAGGGCAGGAAAGGCUCAUGUUUAAACAGCAGAGCAGAGAUGAGAGCACGGAUUCACAAUGAUCUGAACCCCUUCCUCAUUCUCAGUUUCUUCUUUGGAACCAAAGGGAAAGCAGGGGAGAGGAGGUGAUUGAAAGGCUGGAGCUGUGUCGGUAAUUAUAGGGUGGCCAGUCAGAGUUGCCUGUUACAAUGAGCCAUUAUGUGGGUUCGACACACACUCAUUUUUCCCUCUCAGUCUGCCUAUAUUUGUACACUUGUUAAUAAGGACCUCUGUCUUUGAUAAUCUGCACACUCGCAGAUGCACGAACACUCCUGCACACAGUUGUUGUGUUGCUUUUGAAACCGUUGUUGUUCGUUAACCAUGUGGCCUCAUUGUAAUGCAUACCAAUGGGAUCAGUGUGGAACAGCACCACUUGUUCUCCCCCUCUCGCCUUCAUAUGGGAUGUUUAAUUUAGGAGAUGUCUGAUUGCUUUAUUUGAGAGCGAAGUGAUUCCAUUAUGUUUGUCUAAUAAGAGUGUACUAAUGUAAUAUUUUUUUUUCAGCAUUCUUAAUUUCCAUACAUAUUGGGAUUAGUAGUUCAUUGGGAGGCACGCCGUCUGCCUAUGGUUUGUCUUAAUGAAAAGAGGAUGAAGAAAUCCAUUAACUUGUGUGCAGAUGUGGAAUUCAGCUCAGCACUUCCUAAGGCACGUUUUUUAAAGCAGUAGUCGAUGCUACUGAAACAAAUGCAGCCACUUAAAUACAUAUUUAUGCUUGGGAAAUGAAAAGAUUGAAUAAAGAGAGAGAAAAUUAAGAGAGAGCUUUCCAAUAAAAAUAACUAAAGGCCAGAUUCACAUUGUAUUCUGUAAUAAAACAACACAUUUUCUUCUACAGAAAUCUGUAAUGGUGAUAACAACUUUUUUGCAGUCUUUGUAUCUUACCACUAUAUGGCCAAAACUAUAUGGACGCCAUUUCAUUACACCCAUAUUGAUAAAAUGAUCUCAGCUCAAGGUCCAUUUGCUGAGUUAUCCUGGAGCUUUCAGCAUUAUCGAAUGCUCCUCAUCCGCAGAUUGAGUUUGCUCAAGACCUAACUCUCCAUGCUCCUGAGCACCUCUCGUACUGGCUCUAUGUUGUUUUUAAGUAACUGUUGUGUUUGUCCUCCUCCUAUUUUAGAAUUUUUUGUUUGAAUAUUUGGUCCAAGGUUUUAUAUCUUGUUUUUUUUUUUACACUCCUGUAAACUGUUGAAUACUGUUAUUGUUGUUGCAAUUUUUUUCUGGUGAAGUGAAUAGAGCAGAGCGAUUUGAAAAUGGUUGCCCGUACAGCCGUGUUUAGUCCUAGUUAAAGGAAUUCACCUACAAAAUCACCAUUUGUGUAUCAACUACUCACCCGUGUUACAUUAAAUUCGUGAAGAAAACUGUUUUCUCGAUGUCUCCACAGUGAACGAAGAGUCCAAAAACAGAAAAUACAGAUUGGGGGGGUGUUGGACUGGCUGGUAAAUCUGGCUACAGCCCUGUUUCCAAGGUCAGGAACUGAACUGUCAUGCUUAAUUACACCCAUAUGUAAUUUGAACAUGUUAUUUUAAAGCAUGGGUGUAAAAAUGCUGCUGAACAGCCUCUUCUCUUCCGGGGAGGCUGUCAAAAACAUGCUGGAACCUGGCUGCAGGGAUUUGGCUCUCAGACGGCAUUCGAAUUCAUCCCAAAGGUGUUGGAUGAGGUUGAGGUCAGAGCUCAGUGCAGGUCCACACCAUUCAAGUACACAGUAUGUGUGCUCUGGCUGUGAAGUACACGUGUUGCUGUCUUUAGGGGGGUCAGUCAUGGUUUUAGUGUGUUUGGGGGCAUGGUGGUGCUGAAGCUUGGGUAAAAAUGUACUCAGAUUUUUUUGUUAAUUUCACUGUAAUGUAAUUAGUAUUCAUGAUGAGCUGCAGCUAUGACGCAUGUGCCAGUCUUAGACAAACCAUCUGACAUUCUCUGGAAGCAUCUAAACAGACGGAUCCCACUGAGCCAGUGCCAUGUAAGUACGUUGAAGCUAUUAGUGAAUGUGAAAUUUCCACAUGGAGUAUAAGGGUCUAAAAUAAUGUGUAAUGAAGGAACACUAUAAUCCCUCCACACAUUGGUACUUUAGAGGUGACUGACAGGUUUUUCUAUAGAGGUUCCUGGUACAAUAUGAUUGGCUGACAUGUAGGCCACUCUUGAGUUCACACUGAGAUAAAUGCUCAGAACUGAUGCACCUUAAAGGCUACAUUAUUGCUUAAGAGCUGCUUGUGACCCUAAACGUCAUCUUCAGCACAAGCACUGUUAGAUGUAAAAUCUGUCAGCAGUGGAAACCGUCUGCUCCUGUGUUUAUUUGAAAGAAGAAUAUUGUAUUAUGUAUGUCAGUGCCUUUGGUCAUUUUCUCCAUUUUGCUCUGCUAUUUCUUUUUCUACAAAUCCACCAAGCAAAUUCUGUACAGCUGGGUUUUCUACUGCAGGUCAUUUUCGUAUCAGAAAUCAUACAAACUAGUAAAUGUUUACUCUGCAGCUAAAAUUGUUCUCAUUGCCAAGCACAUAAUUGGUGGAAAGGAUAUAAAAGAUACAUGAGUCAAGUAAGAGUCUGCUCCAAUGCCAGUGUUAGAUAUUAGCCACAUCAAUGGCAGUAUGAUGAAUAAAGUAUUUCUUUUUCCAACGA